CAUCAGCCGCUCUAGGAGGUUGCAGGAGCGGUCGCGUCAUCCCUGGAUGGGCGGCGCGCUGACGGUCGGUCGGACGGAGGGUGUUUUCCAGCUUUAAAAGCUCCGGAGCCGGCCCCUCUGACAAACCGCCCUGCGUCAUCGACCUGGGGACACUCUUGAAAAAGCCUUCAUUGAAGCUGAAGAGAGGCAAACUCACCUCUACACUAUAUACCUGCAGCCGGUCUCUCCACAUCCACUAGAUCUCUCUCUCUCUCUCUCUCUCCUCCCGUCCACCGCGGUGUGCGCGUCCAAGUUGUUACACUCGCUUUGCUUUAACUUUCGCUGCGAAUUAUGCUUUUAUUUGAUGGUAUUUGUGAGUGAAGUGAUCUAGACAGUUAAACAGUCUCACAGCCGGAGAAAGUUGCGCAUCGCUUGUUGAAUGCAGGAUCCCUUCUGCCUGAGCGUCAAUCCCAAGUUGAGUUUUGGAGCCGGUGUGACGGAGCGGGGACUCCACAUUCUCACCUCUCUCACUGCCGAGAUGAAGUCUGCAGAAGAAGAUGCAUACAGCUACACACCAAAUGUCAGCUUGUCCCUUCCACUGGGAAUGGGCAACCCCUGUCUGGCCACCCAGUACCACACCUUACAGUCCAGCCCAGUCAUCUCAGUCUCCUCCUGCCACCAGACGGGCUACAGCCUCCAAAAUGAUAACCACGCAGCAUCAGGCUACUACCUGCCCCACGGCCUGAGACCCAACGGGGCCCCGGCUUUGGAGAGCCCCCGUAUUGAGAUCACUGCCUACAGCCAGUAUCCUGAGGAUGAGGUAGAGGAGAGCAGCAGCGAGGACCACAUCAUCAAACGGGGCGUCAACUCCAUCGUGACGCUGACGCUGCCCAAUGCCGACGGCUACCGCGAUCCCACCUGCCUCAGCCCUGCGAGUAGCAUUUCCUCGCGUAGCUGCAACUCCGAGGCGUCCUCUUACGAGUCCGGCUUCUACAACUACGACAACUCCCCGCAGAACUCCCCGUGGCAGUCUCCCUGCGUCUCACCCAAAGGCUCAUCUUCGCUCAUGUCUUGCCCACAUGCCAGCGGCCCUGUAGCUUCCCCUCACCACUCCCCCUCCACCUCCCCUCAGAUCGGAGCCUUGGCCGAGGAAGGCUGGCCGGCGCAACCUCGUGGCUCCAGGCCCAACUCCCCUUCCUGCAGCGGAGGCGGCGGAGUCAACGGCGGCGGCAUGGGGAAGAGAAAGUACAGCUUCAACGGCACCACCUACCGUCAGAUCUCCUGCUCGCCCCAACAGUCGCCCAUCCCGUCCCCGCACAUCUCCCCCAGGGUCAGUGUCACAGAUGAGAACUGGCUCGCCAACACCAACCAGUACACCAACUCUGCCAUCGUGGCCGCCAUCAACGCUCUAACCACAGAUGGAGUGGUGGACAUGGGGGAGGGAAUCCCAAUCAAGACGCGGAAGACCAUGCUGGACCACGCGGCCGCCAUGAGCCUGAAGUUGGAGCCUGGUGGCGAUGGACUGGUGCUGGGUCUCGAUGGGGAGCUCUGCCACGAGGACUACCCCUCCCGUCUGGCCCUCAAGAAGGAGAGCUACUGUGGAGGGUUCCUGGAUGUGCCCCAGCAUCCGUACUCCUGGUCUAAACCCAAGCCUUACCUCAGCCCGUCUCUGCCAUCUCUUGACUGGCAGCUCCCGUCCUGCUCCGGCCCGUACAACCUGCAGAUCGAGGUGCAGCCGAAGUCCCACCACAGGGCCCACUACGAGACCGAAGGCAGCCGAGGGGCGGUGAAGGCGCUGUGCGGCAGCCACCCUGUCGUACAGCUUUAUGGCUACAUGGAAAGCGAGCCGCUCACCCUGCAGCUGUUCAUAGGGACCGCAGACGACCGCCUCCUGCGACCACAUGCCUUCUACCAGGUCCACCGCAUCACUGGCAAAACCGUCUCCACCGCCAGCCAUGAAGUCAUGCAAUCCAACACCAAAGUUCUGGAGAUCCCUCUGCUGCCUGAGAACAACAUGAGAGCCAUAAUUGAUUGUGCAGGGAUCCUGAAGCUGCGCAAUUCGGACAUCGAGCUUCGCAAAGGAGAAACCGACAUCGGACGUAAAAACACACGUGUGAGACUGGUGUUUCGGGUCCACAUCAACCAGCCCAACGGCAGGACGUUGUCCCUGCAGGCUUCUUCGAACGCCAUUGAAUGCUCCCAGCGCUCAGCUCAGGAGCUUCCCUUGGUGGAGAAGCAGAGUGUGGAUAGUUACCCCGCCACCGGAGGCAAAAUGAUGCUCCUGAGUGGCCUCAACUUCCUCCCCGACUCCAAGGUGGUGUUCGUGGAGAAGGCCCAGGAUGGGCAUCAUCUGUGGGAGACGGAAGCCAAAGUUGACAAGGACUCCGUCAAAAAUAGCACUGUUGUUGUGGAGAUCCCGCCGUACAGGAACCAGAGAAUAUCCAGCCCGGUGCAGGUUAACUUCUACGUCUGCAACGGCAAGAGGAAGAGGAGCCAGUACCAGCGCUUCACCUACCUGCCUCCUAACGUGCCGAUAAUAAAGACAGAACCCAAUGAUGAAUAUGAUUCUCUGGGGACUGCAAGACUGCCCAUGCAUUCAAAGCCCUAUUACAGCCGGCCCAGGCUCGCUCCCAUCAUGCCUGUAGCCGAUCCUGACGCCUGCCUGGUCGGUGGCUACCCUCCCUGCCCGCCACGCCAUGCUGCCAUGCCGUCGUCGUCCCCCAGCUCCAGCCCCACCCUACACGACCUGUCCCCCGUGGCAUACAGCAAGUGCCUCCCCAACAGCCCCACCCACGCGGCACCACCACCGGGCCCCGUGGCGCCCCCCAUCCAGGAGAGCCCUGGCCGCCCAAACCUCGCCCACCCAGCAUCGCCUGACCACAGCUCUCCCCUGGGGCUGCUUCAUUCCCAGGGCAGCCCCAUCCACCUCAACAGCCCCGGGCCCCAUGGUUACCACCCUAUCUAUGCCAACAGCAGCCCCUCAUCCUCCCCGGUGUCCCUACCUUCCACUCCUGGUGGGACUGCGGAGAGCCCCUUCGUUCAGGCCUACAGCCCCAGUCAGGCAGCAGCCGGAGGGAGCUCACCCAGCCUGUUACCUGAGGACGCCAGCCCCCCGUCGAUGGCCAUCACCGUCAAACAGGAGCCCGGGGAACUGGACCAGAUGUACCUAGAUGAUGUUAACGAGAUCAUCAGGAACGACCUCUCCAGCAUUUCCGUGCACACUCAUGCAUAGACGUCCAGAAGUCUUCUGCAGCAGCGCACACACACACACACACGCACACACACCCUCACACACACACACACACACACACACACACACACAGCAGCAUCAUCAACAAAAAGAGGACAAAAACACCUUCGAGAUCCAGACGAUGAAGAAUAAAGCUUUGACCAGGAUCUCCCACCGGACCAUCAUCGCCAUCAGCUCCUCCCGAACUCAAAAGACUCGCUGCAGAUUCACAUUGACAAUCACUGGCAAGCUCCAUUUGAAUAAACAGAUGAAUGUUAUAUUUACAAAAAAAAGGAAGUGAUAUCAGGGGGCAAAGUAUACGACUACACUUGCCUUAAUUCACAGCAGAUGUUCUCUAGUGGACCAAACAGCUCAAUGAGACUGAAUCACCUAUCGUUGACAUCGUGACAAUCUUCAUUUUCGAGUGUGAUCCGUAUGUUUAAUGCACGGACAAGCUAAUGGGACAAUAAGUGUCAUGCUUCAUCACGUCGGUCCAUUUGUUUGUGCAGUCAGUCCGCAACAACCGAAUUGGUGCCUUACAGCAGUGAUAUUGACAGCAGCAGUAGUGACACACAUGCAAAAUGGUUCAUUGUAACCCGUAGUGGAAGUUUUUAUAUGAGCGUUUUUGUAUCAUUUCAAUGAUUUUGUUUACAGGGAAACAGAAUAAAAGGCUGGAAAAUAUGUAGGGAGUAUGUGAAUAGAUUAGAAUUGUAUUUUUUUCUCGCUUCCUCAUUAUUAUUAUCUCAUUGUUCAUUUAUACUGAAUGUUAUUGUAUGAUAUUCUUUUUGUAUAAAACAUGUAUUUGAAAAUGUACUUCUGUAUGCCUUAUGCUUAUAUCAUGCAGUUAGCUUUUCCCUUUUGUUCCAUGUUGUCUUCUCCUCAUAUGAUUUGUACCAUUUCUACUCCCCUUCCUGCGUUAUGCUUUUCACCUUAGUGCCUAUGUUUUUUUUAUCAUCCUGCCCCGGUCUUCCAGCCCGUCCUUCCCCAAAUCCAUGACAUAAUGAUGCACAGACAAUCAGAGAAAUAUAUAGAACAUAUCCUAUGACAACAGUUCCUGGUUGCAGGGGCUUAUAAAGGCAGGUUUCUUCUCCCCCAGCUAUGAGAUAGUUGAACAACGGUAUGCUUACCUGCUGAAUUUUAGAUGAGAAUACUCCUGGAUAUAUAGUUGUCUGCUACUUCUUUGCACUGCAGGUUUGCAUGUAAAUAGGCACAGGGAAAAUCUAAGUAUGUGGCAGGCUCAGUUUUACUCGUCAUUUGGGUGAUUCCACUGAGGAGUUGGCAGGACUGUUAACUUACAGCUGGCAAUAAUUGAUGUGAGUAAACCAAAGGAUUUUAUCUUUGGUGAAAUUAUUGUCCAAGUUUCCUUUUUUCUGUCGGAGACUUUAGCGUAGAGCGGUUCCCCGUACACAAAAAAAAACAACAAAAACAUUAUGCACUUUACCGUAGAAACGAAACAGAGCAGGUUUCCUUGCUUCCAGACCAAAUAUUGUAGAUUGAUUUCCACUGUCGUGUCAUAAACAGUCUUUUCUUCCAUGUUAUCUGUCUUUUGGAGCAUGCACAUCGUACUAACGUCGGGGAUCAUUUAGCUGACAGUAGCUUAACAAUAUAGCUUCCUAAUACAUUUUUGGACAUAUAGUAUAAUAGCAUGACUAAACUGUAUGAAUAAGGUUUCUAUUUUGUGCCUUACUCUCUUUCUUGGCUACAAGAUCGUUGCAACUCUAUAAUGCUUUUCUGUGUAGGCACAAGGUGAAACAUAUUUCUCUUUAAUAUGAAAUAUUUAUGAAAAAAUGAAAUGUGUUUUAAGUGCAUUUAAUGUGUUCUCAACAAUGAAUUAAUAAAUGGUAUAAUGGUGACCAUA